GCUCCGUGUUUGUGUAUGUGGAAUGCGGGUCAAGCGGAACUCACGGCACAAACUGCGCUUCACAUCAAACUCAAACACCGGCUCGCAGCUGCCUGGCGCGCUCACGUCCUCAAGCUGGAGCUCUGCAGACAGACGACAAUGAAGAGAAGCAGGCACCCGAGCAGCAGCGAUGACUCGGACAAUGGAAGUAGUUCUACCUGUUGGUCCCAACAUUCGUCACAGCCCAGGAGAGGCACCGGACAGAAACCCUCCGAGGUGUUCAGGACGGACCUGAUCACAGCCAUGAAGGUGCACGACUCGUACCAGCUGAACCCAGAGGACUAUUACGUCCUCGCCGACCCGUGGAGGCAGGAGUGGGAGAAAGGAGUCCAGGUCCCCGUCAGCCCUCAGUCCAUCCCACAGCCCAUCGCCAGGGUGCUGGCAGAGAAAGGAAAGGAAGUCAUGUUCAUCAGGCCAAAGAAGCUGAUCCGGACGUCAGGCGCCGAGGCCCUCGGCUACGUGGACAUCCGGACGCUGGCGGAGGGGAUGUGCCGCUACGACCUGAACGAGGAGGAUGUCGCCUGGCUGCAGAUCAUCAACGAGGAGUUUGCAGAGAUGGCCAUUUCGCCGCUGGACGAGAUCACCAUGGAGCGGGUGAUGGAGGAGUUCGAGCGCUGCUGCCACGAGAACAUGACGCACGCCGUGGAGACGGAGGAGGGGCUGGGCAUCGAGUACGACGAGGACGUGGUGUGCGACGUCUGCCAGUCGCCCGACGGCGAGGACAACAACGAGAUGGUGUUCUGCGACAAGUGCAACAUCUGCGUCCACCAGGCCUGUUACGGCAUCCAGAAAGUCCCGAAGGGCAGCUGGCUGUGUCGGAUCUGCGCCCUCGGCAUCCUGCCAAAGUGCCAGUUGUGUCCCAAGAAGGGCGGAGCCAUGAAGCCGACCCGGAGUGGAACCAAGUGGGUCCACGUCAGCUGUGCCUUGUGGAUUCCAGAGGUGAGCAUCGGGAAUCCAGAGAAGAUGGAGCCGAUCACCAACGUGUCCCACAUCCCCAGCAACAGAUGGGCUCUGAUCUGCUGCCUGUGCAAAGAGAAGACCGGCGCCUGCAUACAGUGCUCAGCGAAAAACUGCCGGACUGCCUUCCACGUGACGUGCGGCCUCCACGCCAGCCUCGAGAUGAACACCAUCCUUACGGAGGACGACGAGGUCAAGUUCAAGUCGUACUGCCCCAAGCACUCGGGGCUCGAGGGCGCCGAGUCCAGGGACCGAGACUCGGACGGCGAGGAGGAGAAGGAGGCGGCCAGAGACAAGAAGGGCCGGAGGAGAGGCCGGGUGAGAGGGGUGGAAGAUGCCGCCACCACCGCCUCCUCCUCGCCGCUGCCGCCUCACGUCGCUCCUCAGCUGAUGGACCGGACGCCCGGCGACCCGGAGGAGCUCAGCAGCCGCCAGCAGGACAGCAGAGUCAACCACCGCAAGCUGAAGCUGCAGGAGAUGGAGGAGGACUUCUACCAGUUUGUGGAGGUGGACGAGGUGGCCGGCAACCUGAAGCUGCCGCCGGAGGUGGUGGACUUCCUCUACCAGUACUGGAAGCUGAAACGCAAAGCCAACCACAACCAGCCGCUCCUCACGCCCAAGAAGGACGAGGAGGAGAGCCUGGCCCGCCGCGAGCAAGAGGUGCUGCUGCGACGCCUGCAGCUUUUCACGCACCUCCGGCAGGACCUGGAGAGGGUCCGUAACUUGACCUACAUGGUGACCAGGAGGGAGAAGAUGAAGCGCUCGCUGUGGAGAGUCCAGGAGCAGAUCUUCCAGCACCAAGUCCGGCUGCUCGACCACGAGCUGCUCAGCGGCGACCCUUCAUCCAAGGACCUGGAGAAGCUCUUCUCUCUGGGCUGGUUAUCCUCUCAGGGCUCCCAGUCCGGCUCCUCCUCCUGGAGCCACUCUGGACUCAAGACCAAACGAGGCUCCUCGAAGCAGGAAAGAAGGAGAAGCCAAUCCGACAGGAGAAGCCAAUCCGACUCAUCGCACACUUACAGGAAGGACAAUCCAAGCGAGAAGGACGGCAGAAGCUCCCGAAUCGCCGACGUCGUGCCCAACGAGGCGGUGGGCGAUGCCAAAACCCAAAACUCUGACAUCGACCAGGAGAAGCCAGAGAUCAUUCAGGAAACAAAGCUGCAUAAAUCCGAGAGCAGGAAAGGCCUGAGAAGGGAGGCCGAACAGGAAGUGCUGUCGAGACGGAAACGAGAGAGAAGGAGCGACGAAAGCUUCUCCGGUCAGGCGAAGGGCAGGUUCGGGUCCAAACAUCUGGAGAAGACGGUGUCCAUCCGGCUGGUGGACAUUAGAAACUCAGACUCGGACGACUACUUCAUGGACGAUGGAAGAAGCCAUGUUUCUCUGGACGUGACGACCAACAACAUUAAGCUCAACAAAGACCCAACCACAAAAACCAACGGCUGGCUGAGGAAAGCCCAAACGAAUGGCUCGCACUCGCCCAACGGACACCUGAAGAGCUGGGGGAAGUUCAGGAUCCCCAAGAGGAGCGACAAGCCGUCGACUAUGAGGGAGGAAGAAGACGAGGAGGACGAAGAGGCGGAGCAACGUAAACCUCUUCUCAGGCCACUGACCAACCCACCAGAGUCGACUUACCCCAGAACUCGACUCCGAACGGGGACGGAAAGUGACGAAUUCGAGUCCAAAUCGGGUGACGGCGAGCUGGAGCCCUGCCUAAAGCGAUGCCACUCCCACCAGCUGAGGGGCGACUCGUCUCUCGGGCGGCGCUACGGGUCUGACAUAAUCCGGCGAGGAGUUCUGGCAUCCUGAUGGAAGCACCAGGGAUACAGCAGGGAGUCCUGGCCUCCUGGUGGCGGCACUACGGGUUUGGCGUCGUCCGGCAAGGAGUCCAGGCCUCCUCGUGACAGCGCUCAAGUGUGGCAUCGUCUGGCAAGGAGUCCUGGCCUCCUGGUGACGGCACUACAGGAUGUCAUCCGGCAAGGAGUCCUGGUGACGACACUACGCAUCUGUUGAGGAGUCCUGGCCUCCUGGUGGCGGCGCUACGGGUUGGAUGUCGUCUGGCAAGGAGUCCGGGCCUCCUGGUGGCAGCGCUCAAGUUUGGCAUUGUCCGGCAAGGAGUCCUGGCUUCCUGGUGACGGCACUACUCAUCUGCCGAGGAGUCCUGGCCUCCUGGUGGCGGCACUACGGGAUUGGCGUUGUCCGCCGAGGAGUCCUGGCCUCCUAAGGGUGGCACUAUGGGUCCUACGUCAACCGGCGAGGAGUCCUGGCCUCCUGCUACCGGUGGUAUGGAUUCAACGUCAUCCGGCGAGGAGUCCUGGCCUCCCGAUGGAAAAAUAAGCUGCACUGUGUUAGUCAGAAAUGAACGUCGGUCACUCUUUGUACCUUUAUUUUUCUCGAUGAAUCGUAAUAAAAAGGAAAAAAAAAAAAAAGGCUAGAUUAGGAAGAAAAACAAAAAACAGAGCAGAUAUUUAUUUUUUAUUU